UGCUAACUUUAGAGUUCUGCACUUCCUCCUCCUCUUUGACUCUGAGUGUUCAUGAAGUAACAUUCAUAUACCCUGCUUGCUGCAAAUUGUAUAUAAAUCACCAAAGAGAAGAAAACUGAAAUGGCCAAAGAAUUUCAAGGAGGGAAAGCAUUUGGAUUUAUCAAGUCCCAGCAGGAAGAAAAAUUAAACUUGACCAAUGAGGCUUUCCUCUCAGAUCCCAAAUAUGCAGAAGAGGAGGAACUUGCCUCUAAGCUUGAGUUGUUUAAAAAUAAGUACAUGGAGUUUGAUCUCAAUGACCAAGGAGAUAUUGACAUGAUGGGGCUGAAACGUAUGCUGGAGAAGCUUGGGGUGGCCAAAACUCACCUGGAACUUAAAAAGAUGAUUUCAGAGGUUUGUGGGAGUGCAAAAGACACUAUCUGCUACACUGACUUCCUGAAUAUGAUGUUGGGGAAGAGGAACGCCAUACUGAGACUGAUCUUGAUGUAUGAAGGCAUGGCUAAACCGCAGGAAGUCCAAGAACCUGGGGCACCACCACGCAAGACCUUUUCAGAUUUUCCCUAGUUUGAUGACACACUUUGGAUAUUAAAUUGUUAAUAACAUAGUUUUUUAAAUAAAGAUUUACCAUUUAAAGAGUGCAGUUUAAUAUUGCUAUUGAUAUGUCACUGAUUGGUACUUGCAACAUAAGAAAGUCCAGAGUGGAUUCAAAGGUCCUCCUCUUUCCUGAAGAUAACCAUCAAUUUGGGCCAUGGCCCUUCUGUUAUCGACAGGAUACUUAUCUGAUGAAUCUUUCAGCUGUUGAAGCAUUUGUAUCUUUUCUGGGUGGAACAUAAAGGCAACAUUAAGCAGAA